GCACACACACACACACACAUACAUGCGCACAUGAGAAAGUGACAGCGGAUUACAACCUCCAGCGCCCGCGCGCACAUCUGCCUGGAUGUUUACGUAAUAUAUACGGUCUCUGUACGAGCUUCGGGUCAAAGAGACGGCUUCCGUUUUGAUUUAUACAACAUCUGAUAUUUUUGUAACGAGCCAUGUCACCGUGCGUAAAUACGCGCAAGGUUUCCGCGCCGUCCCUUUAACCUGAAAACGAUUGGAUUCUGUUACCUCAGUACGCAAUAAGACCUUUUUUCGUCGUUAGCGACUGAGUGGACGCCACUGGUCACUUCACUGGGCAUGUAAACGCGUCUUGCGCGUCUCUGCGCACUCGACCUUUUAACGAUGAACGGCGAGGAUGUGCUGGCGUUAACGGCACCGUUAUGGUCGCCUGGUCCCCUGAAGAUGCGCUGGAUGUAAAAGUAUAGCCAUGACUGCAUGUGUGAGAGAGGGUGCUUGAGUGUGUGAUUGAACAGGAUGGGGAAAGAACAGGAACUCUUGCAGGCGGUGAAGACGGAGGAUCUGAUUACCGUCCAACGGCUCCUCCAGAGACCCAAACAGGGCAAAGCGAAGCUCCUGGGUGCUGCUAAGAAGGUGAAUGUGAACUUCCAGGACACAGACGGGUUAUCUGCCCUGCAUCAUGCUGCUCUUAAUGGUAACGUGGAGCUGAUUGCGCUGUUGCUCGAGUCACAAGCCGUCGUUGACAUCAAAGACCAGAAUGGGAUGCGGCCCUUACAUUACGCUGCUUGGCAGGGCAAGUGUGAGCCCAUGAAAAUGCUGCUCAAGGCAGGGUCAUCAGUCAACAGCCAAUCAGAUGAGGGACAGAUCCCUUUACACCUCUCAUCACAACACGGCCAUUAUGAAGGAAGUGAGAUGCUGCUCCAACAUCAGUCGAACCCCUGCCUCAGAGACCACGCUGGGAAAACCCCUCUAGACUUGGCCUGCGAAUUUGGACGUGUCUCGGUGGUGCAGUUGCUCCUUAGCAGUAACAUGUGUGCUGCCAUGUUAGAACCGAAGCCCUCCGAUCCCAAUGGCAUCAGCCCACUACAUUUGGCUGCCAAGAAUGGACAUAUCGAAAUCAUCAAGUUACUGAUCCAGGCUGGUAUAGAUAUAAACCGACAGACUAAAUCAGGCACAGCGUUGCAUGAAGCUGCUCUCUGCGGGAAAAUCGAGGCUGUACGACUGCUGCUGGAUAGUGGUAUCAGUGCUGGAGUGAGGAACACAUUCUGUCAGACAGCGCUGGAUAUUGUUAACCAGUUCACCACUACCCAAGCCAGCAAGGAGAUCAAACAGAUGCUGAGAGAUGCAUCGGCUGCUAUGCAAGUGAAGGCUCUGAAGGAUUACUGCAACAACUAUGACCUUACAAGCCUCAACAUUAAAACAGGCGACAUCAUCACGGUCUUGGAGCAGCAUUCUGAUGGACGAUGGAAGGGCUGUAUCCAUGAUAACCGCACAGGAAAUGACCGCGUGGGUUACUUUCCCUCCAACAUGGUGGAAGUCAUCAAAAGGGCAGGUCCCUCAACCCAACAGUAUCUUAAGAUACAGAUCCGUCCGCCAGCAAUUGGUUCAGUUGUCAUGGUGAACGGUGACUGCUCCCACAUUUUUUCUCUGCCCCUCACUCCCCCACCCCCUCCUUCCCAGCCCCUUACCCAUCAGCCCCUCUUCACCUCAUUUGGCUAUAAUAUGCCUACCUGCAGCACAAUUGGGUAUGAACCAGCCUCCUCCUGCUCAGAGGAGCCACAAAAAGAGACAGGCUCAAGGGGAUCCGUUUCCAGCCCUCACGGUUCUCCAACCCUCAGCGGCCAGCAAAGCAGCGCAAAUGAGGAGAUUUGGGUUCUGAGAAAACCUUUAGCUGCAGGGGGCAGUGUUGGCAGCAUGGGCAGCACAGGCAGUCUGACCAGUGGACGUUCAUCUACUAGCGGACAAAGCAGUAAUGCCAACGCUCAUCUCACCAACUCACCAGUGCCCGUGCCGACCACCCCCACACACUCACCCGGAGUUAACACACAUGGCCUCAAUGUGCCGGGACUGCAUGCUCAGGCCGAGGGCGUGAAGCUGUUGGCCACGGUGCUGUCCCAGUCAGCCAAAGCAAAAGAGCAUCUUAUGGACCAAUCACAGUCUUUAGAUCCUAAUUCAGUGUCUUCUCAGCGGACCCAGAGUGCAUCUGCUGCCCCACGUCAGCAAAAGAAGAAACCCUUUGUGGAUCCAUUGCUGCAGAGGAAAGAUGAAGUUUCAGCUGAGAGCAAGAGCUCAGAGGCUGUUGUUGAAUGGCUCACCAGUGCACAGCUGCAGUUCUACACUGCAAACUUUCUCACUGCUGGUUAUGACCUGCAGACCAUUAGCAGAAUGACACCAGAGGACCUCACUGCUAUUGGGGUGACAAAACCAGGGCACAGGAAGAAAAUGCUUUCAGAGAUCAGCAAAAUGAACAUCCCAGACUGGAUACCUCAAGAGAAACCAGCCAGUCUGGCUGAGUGGCUGUCUGCAAUUGGUCUGAAUCAAUACUACCAGACUCUGGUUCAGAACGGCUACGACAAUAUGGACUUCAUUAGUGAUAUUACUCUGGAGGACCUAAAGGAGAUUGGCAUCACUAAACUAGGACACCAGAAGAAGUUGAUGUUAGCUGUCAAACGACUGAGUGAAUCUCCAGAAGCAGACAUUCCCACCAAGGAGAGCCAGAUAGAAGAAAGCACAGACUCAAAACAAUCAUUAGAAACCAGCACAGAACCAGAUGUAAACUCCGUCCCCUCUGUUCGAAUACGCAAAAGAACAGAAGGCCGUGGCUCUCCCCGGCACAGCACCCAUGGGCGAGGCAUACAAAGAGCUAAUGCCCCUCCUCCUCUGAGAAAACCUAGCUCAAUUGAGAGUCCCACCCCAACACCUCCACACACCCCUACUAAAGGCAGAACCUCACCUUCUGCUUCAAAUUCUCCUUCACAUAUCCCUUCCUCCCCAUUAAAAACACAGAGUAGGGCCAGAGGGUCUUGUGACUCUCCCCGUUCGCAUGCUCACGCUCGUAACGUUCCAUUACUUUGCCUACCACCUGAAGGAGAAACCGAAGAGGGCAAUGGUCAAACCCCAUCCCAGCCAAGAAGUGGACAGUAUGUUACUGAUGCUGAGCACGACUUACCUUUGCCAGACUCCUCUGUGAAAUACGCAACACUAGGUGGACAUAGGGUCACUCCUUGCAGUUCAGCGAAAGCCUCUGGUGAAACUCUGGACAUCAACAGUGUCAAUCGCAGUCAGUCAUUCGCUACAGCUCGGCCUCGCAGACGGACUCGUCCUCCAACUCCACCGAAACGCUCGUGCUCUUCCAUUUCCACUGGUAACCUGGCUGAUGAUGAGGCUGUGGCUGAUGAUGUAAUGUCUGGCGAAAAAAGGGCUAACAAUUUGCUACUCAAUGUGACAUACAGGGAGCGCAGACGUAGCGAUUGUGGAAUUGCCUCUGAAAAAUCUUCAUCUGGGGGCAGCGUUAGAGACAUUGCUGCCAUGCUUGAAAUGUCCAAUCUUGGAAGCAGUGGUAAAGGAAGUGGUUAUUUGCAGGCAAGCCAAAACCUCCUUCGGCAGAACCGAGAAGUUCUGAAUUCCGAUGCAGAUAGUCGCCGCCGCACAAUCAGUGAAUUUUACGACUCUCAAAAGCAGCCUGACAAUGAUGUACAAGAGGCUGAGAUGAGACGAGCCAUGCAGGACCUCGCACAUCAUGGACCAGCACCUUGUGAAUCCCAUCCAAUUAAACAGGCUCCUGAGCCACGUCCACGUUCCAUGAUCACUCAUCUGGAAGGAGUUGUUUCUUCUCUGCCAAAAGAGGAGUGGUCACGGAUGGAUGCCACUGCAACUUUGAGAAGACCACGACCACCACAUUAUUCAGAUAGUGAACAUUUUAACCUGACAGAAACGAGUACGAUAAAGCGAAGGCCCAAAGCAUUGGCUCCACCACAGAGUAACGGCACUGAUGGAGAUGGGCUAGAGAACUUUCGGAGAAGACCUGUAUCAGAAGCUUGCAUUGGAGAUGGCGGUAGGGAGGAAGAACUGCAACACGCCAGCUUUGGCUCUCUUCCCAGACAAAUACUGAAACCCCCAGUUUCACCUAAACCAGCAAUGGCACUUCGCAAAUUCGAUCCCCCAACUCCUUCGAGGAGGGUUCCAUUACCUGGACCAGAAGGUCAACAUAGCCCAGUGGAGAUUAAGAAAAUCCCCCCUCCAGUAUCUCCCAAGCCAAGUCCACCUCCUACAUUGCCCAAACCUGUAAAAAUCAAGCCAAUCCAUACCACUGGAACUCCCAGCUCUCCUCAGGCUGAUGUUCUCAGCCCAUCCAGUGCCUCCUUCAGCCCUGCUUCAAUUGAACAACUGGAACAUCUACCACAGACUUUGAGUCCGGUCACCCCAAAACCAAUGGAGGUCUCAAGCAUGUUGUCUCCACGUCCAGCAACUUCUCCAGCUCAGAGCCCACAGACACCCCAGACACCCCAAACCCCACAAACACCCUCUACACCAGGUUCAGCUCCAGUAAAGCCCCCGAGGUCCUCCAUGGCUGGUCUCUCAGUGGACAUCCCAAGCCCUCUGGAAGUGGAGAUCCCUGGAGUGGACAUGCAAAAGAGGCUUAGAGAAGUAGAAAAACGGAGAGAGGAAGAUGAAGUGAGGAAGCAAGAACGAGUAGAGGAAGUCGGAAUUGCUAGAAUGGAAAGGACAGGUCUGAUCCAGGUUGAUCCAACCUUUCAAGGUGAACAAGGCCUGAUUUCAGGUUCCUCAGCAGGGAGUCAUUUCAAAGAGACAGGGGAGGGAGCAGAACCGGUGGUAAUGAGAAGAAGGAAGGUAGGCGUAGCCAGACAGACACAAGUAGAGGGUGAACCACAAGAUGGAGUUGGAAAAACAGAGGUGGAAAGCCAAGGGUUAUUGAUAGCUGGUUCAGGGAACAUGGUGCAACUCAAACUGGAGGAGACCAGUGCGUCCCUGGCUGCUGCUCUGGAGGUAGUGGAGGAGAAGAUUAAGAAGGAUGACAGCUCCAUUGUGGACAAUAAGAGCACAGUUAACAUUCUCGAUGACAUUGGCAGCAUGUUUGAUGACCUUGCGGACCAGUUGGAUGCCAUGUUAGAUUAAAAAUGAAAAAAUAUAUUAGAUUCCUUAGGAAGUGUGAAACACUCAAGCUUCAUUUUUUUUCAGUGUGGACAACCGAAACCAACUUUGAUGCCUCAGCAGUAUUGGAAUCUCGAUAGGGCAAAUUAAGCUCUUCCAUUCUAACGUGUGUCUAAGUCAACAAUUGAGCAUCUCUGAGAAAAGCCUAAGAUCUAAAUUUUGAC